GGUUGACAGCCCUCUGGAAUGAUGCCCUUUUGCCACAAUAUAAUUAAUAUUUCCUGUGUGAAAAACAACUGGUCAAAUGAUGUCCGUGCUUUCCUGUACAGUUUAAUGGUGCUCAUAAUUCUGACCACACUGGUUGGCAAUCUGAUAGUUAUUAUUUCUAUAUCACACUUCAAGCAACUCCAUACUCCGACUAAUUGGCUCAUUCAUUCCAUGGCCACUGUGGACUUUCUUCUGGGGUGCUUGGUCAUGCCUUACAGCAUGGUGAGAUCUGUUGAGCACUGUUGGUAUUUUGGAGAAGUCUUCUGUAAAAUUCACACCAGCACUGACAUUAUGUUGAGCUCAGCAUCCAUUUUCCACUUGUCUUUCAUCUCCAUUGACCGCUACUAUGCUGUGUGUGACCCAUUGAGAUACAAAGUCAGGAUCAGUAUCUUGGUUAUCUGUGUGAUGAUCUUCAUUAGUUGGAGUGUCCCCGCUAUUUUUGCAUUUGGAAUGAUCUUUCUGGAGCUAAACUUCAAAGGGGUUGAAGACAUUUAUUACAAACAUGUUCACUGUAGAGGAGGUUGCUCUGUCUUCUUUAGCAAAAUAUCUGGAGUACUGGCCUUUAUGACUUCUUUCUACAUACCUGGAUCUAUUAUGUUAUGUGUCUAUUAUAGAAUAUAUCUUAUAGCUAAAGGGCAGGCAAGAUCAAUUAAUGAUGGCAAUCAGAAGCUCCAAAUUGGAUUGGAAAUGAAAAAUGGAAUUUCACCGAGCAAAGAAAGGAAAGCUGCGAAGACAUUGGGGAUUGUGAUGGGAGUUUUCCUAGUGUGCUGGUGCCCUUUCUUUGUCUGUACAGUCAUGGACCCUUUUCUGCACUACACUAUUCCACUUGCUUUGAACGAUGUAUUGAUUUGGUUUGGCUACUUGAACUCUACAUUUAAUCCAAUGGUUUAUGCAUUUUUCUAUCCCUGGUUUAGAAAAGCACUGAAGAUGAUUCUGUCUGGUACAAUUUUCCAAAAAGAUUCAUCCAGAUGUAAUUUGUUUUUGGGAGAGAAUUAGUGGAAUUAUUAUAUUUUACUGUUUUGCAAAUCAGUUGAUGAUAGUAUUUAUGAACACAACCUAACCAACCCCAUGCACCAACCACAUGGAUUUUUAAAAUCAGUUACUUGAGUCAAAGUGUGUAUGGUGAGUUAAAUUACGAUGCUUAUAGGUAAUUUCCUAUUUGGGACAUAGUAGGUAUAAUCUUUUCCAUUCUUACCAACUUAUUGGAGCUUUGCAAAUCCAGGAUUUAAGGGCCUGCCUUUUAUAUAACUUCUCCUGCCCUUAGAAGAACUGCCAUGAGUUUAUAGUGGUACCUUAGUCAGCU